UUCGUUUCCGUGUAGUAAAAUAAAGAUAAACAAAAUUCGCUUAUCGAAUGUUAUGAAGUGCGACUUCAAAUUGGUGUAUUUUUUAUCACAUAAGGUUUGUGUUUGAAUAUUAGUCAUGAUUGAAAUCGAGGACAUAAUCGAACCGACACCAACAAGUACCGAAUCCAAAAAAAUCAGUGCUAUCGACAAAGACACGGUGCACAAGAUUUGUUCAGGUCAAGUGGUACUGAAUUUGGCAAUUGCUGUAAAGGAACUAGUCGAAAACUCGAUCGAUGCUGGAGCAACACUUAUCGAGGUUAAACUCAAAGAACACGGAGCGGAUCUGGUGGAAGUAGCUGACAAUGGUAGCGGUGUGGAAGAGAAGAACUUUGAAGGAAUGACCGCUAAAUAUCACACCUCGAAGCUAAAAGAAUUCUCGGAUCUUUCGUCUAUCGAGACGUUUGGAUUUCGUGGAGAGGCACUGAGUUCUCUGUGUGCGCUCUCGAACAUGGUCAUCGUUACUAGGCAUGAGCUGGCGCCCCAUGGGACAAAGUUGGAACUAGAUCAUCGUGGAGUCAUUCGAAAAAGAAAUCCAUGUGCCAGAGCUGUGGGUACAACGGUUUCCUUGUCCAAUUUAUUUGCGACGCUUCCAGUCCGCAAGAAAGAGUUUCUAAAGAAUAUUAAAAAGGAGUUUAUAAAAAUGUGUCAGAUUCUCCAGGCGUAUUGCCUAGUUUCUGCAGGUGUGAGAAUUAUUUGUACUAAUCAAAAUAAGACAGGAGGUAAAACGGUUAUUAUGAGCACUCAAGGUACUGGUUCCGUUUUGGAUAACAUCUCAACAGUUUUUGGUGCCAAACAAGCUACUGAGUUGGUACAAUUGAAACCAGCUAUUAGUAGCAGUGGCAAGAUCAUGGAUUUAAACGAGAGUGAUUUUGACGAUAGCUUAGCGCUCACUCAAGAAGAAGUUGAUGGUUUGAAUCUGUCUAGGUAUGCAAUCGAAGGAUACAUUUCUAACUGUACCCACGGUUCCGGACGAUCCUCCAAGGAUCGUCAAUUUUUUUACAUAAACUCUAGACCAUGCGAACCAAAGCAGAUUGUCAAACUAGUGAACGAAAUAUACCACAGAUAUAACGUCAAUCAAAGUCCUUUCGUGUUUAUCAACCUAAAAAUGGACCGUUCCGAUGUAGAUGUCAACCUUACUCCGGACAAACGACAAUUGCUGGUGAAUAACGAAAAAAUCCUUCUGUUGGCUCUUAAAAAGUCAUUGCUCAAGACGUUCGGCAAUACACCAUCGACCUUUAAAAUGCAGAACCUGGACGUUAGUGAAACCUCACGGCUUCUCAACAUUUCUGUUAAAUCGCUAACUGAAACUGAAGAUGCAAAAGACGAGAGUCUUACGAUUCCCAACCCACACGGGUUUUUGGAAGCUUUCAGUCAGUGGAAAGCCACGGGAGUAACAGUCGACGAGUGUCUGCCGAAAAAGGCAAGCGCUAAACGUAAGCGGCAAAUGGCCAGCAAAUUACAGAAAAUUCACCACUUCAUGAAUGUGACUCCAACGGAAGUGCCACUUAAGCAGGAAAUGAGUUAUCAAUCGGAAUCUGAGUCGGAGGGCGAAGACUUUGAAAAAUUGCCGAAAAUUGCACGUAACUCAACCAUGAUAGAGGAUGAACACGGAACAAGUAGAAACAAUAUCUCCGAUGUAAUUAAAGGAAAUUAUCAAAUAAAAAUUUCGGAAUCACCGGAAUCGAAAAGCUUAGCUUCUGUGGGUCCGCCAAAUUCGGACAAAAAUGUUGAGCUUAUACAAUGUCGCAAUAAAAGUCCAGUUGAAGACGUUCCGGUGGUUAAGUUUGAAAAAAUCUCACCAGAAAGCAUGGCAAAUGGCGCAAUAGAAAUUGUACCGUCGCUGAACGCAGCAGGGAAUACAAAAUCUCAUGGCAGCGAUACAUCACUUGUGGAUCGAAUUUCAUUACAGCAUGAGUCAUCGUCAACCAAAGUGAAAAUAGACUCCGUGGUAAUAGAGCAAACUCGAUCUGAAGCAGAUCAGACGAUUUCUUUGAGCAGCAAACGCACAAUUAAUAUAGAUUUGUCUUCCUUACAAGAUUUGAUCAAGCAAGAGCAUGAGCUGGCAGUUCGUGAAACAACUACGCGGCGAACCUCCUUAAGUCGACUCAAAUUCAAAAGUAAAAUUAAUCCCUCAAGUAAUCGAGCCGCGGAAGAUGAACUUCAAACGGAAAUAUCCCAGCACGACUUUGUACGUAUGGAGAUAAUUGCCCAGUUUAAUCUGGGAUUCAUUGUAGUUCGGCUGGAUCAAGAUCUGUUCAUAAUCGAUCAACAUGCAACCGACGAGAAGUACAAUUUUGAAGAUCUCCAGCGAAAUACGGUUCUGCAAAGUCAGAAACUAGUUGUACCUCAACCCCUCGAAUUGACUGCGGUAAACGAGAUGAUUUUGAUGGAUAAUUUGGAAAUAUUUGAGAUGAAUGGUUUCCAGUUUGAGAUCGAUGGCGGGGCGGAACCUACACGAAAAAUCAAACUGUUGGCGAAGCCGUUCAGCAAAAAUUGGGAAUUUGGAAAGGAAGAUAUCGACGAAUUGAUAUUUAUGCUACAGGAUGCGCCUAACACAGUAUGCCGGCCGUCAAGGGUCAGAAAUAUGUUUGCUUCCAGGGCCUGUCGUAAGUCAGUUAUGAUCGGAAAGGCAUUGUCGAGUACGGAGAUGCGCAAGCUGGUCAAUCACAUGGGUGAGAUUGAGCAACCGUGGAAUUGUCCACACGGCCGCCCAACGAUGCGACAUCUAGUCAAUCUGUCAAUGAUUGCACAAACGGAAGCUAUCGUCGAAGACGAGGACUAAAUCUUCAAAAGUUCGCAUGAAGUUUUUAUCUUUAUUUUAUUAUACUCAGAUAUA